AUGGAAAAGCAACGUCGGAGCAUUGCCAUUUAUCACAAAUCGAGUAGACAGAAGCCAUUCACCAUGCUCAACACUUGGGUGAAGUUCGAAUGGAAAUUCUCAGCUGAAGCCAUCCUCUCGUAAUUUACCGGGACGUUUUUUCAGUGAAGCAGAUCUCGAAAUACUUGGAUCUUAGGAAAACUUUGAAAAUUAAAGAGCAGAACAAUGCGAUCAAUUUUCUUCAAAGCCAAGACAAUCCCAGUCAUCACCAACGCAAUGAAUAUGGAUCCGAACGAAAAAUAA